GGUGGCAGAUCAACCAGAUGCGAGUACGCGACUGAAGUAGCAUCAAGCACGCACGUGUAAUGGAACAUAAGUCCUUUUCUUGAAGACAAUAACUUUGAGCACCAAACGUGAGGAACUCCACCAGACUAAUCAAACAGAAAAGUGGUUAUAUACCAUCAAGGAGGCAGCAACUGUACAUCAGAAUCUCCCAUUGAUGUGCCAGUGACCAGUGCCCACUGCCAAGCAGCACCCAAUUUGGACUUGGCAAGCCUGAGAUCACGAUCUCCAUGGAGCCGUCGUUGACCUCGGGUCUCGCCAUGCUCCUCCUCUUGCUCCUACCACUACUCUGCUUCCUCUGCCUAUACUGGGACGCCAAGAAGCAGACUCGCGCCGACGGCCUCAAGGCCUACCCCAUCAUCGGCACGCUCCCGCACUUCGUCAAGAACCAGCACCGCCUCAUCGAAUGGACGGCCGGCGUCCUCGCGCGCUGCCCAACGUACACCAUGUCCUUCAACUUCAGGGGCCUCGGCCUCACGGCCGGCGUCAUGACCGCCAACCCGGCCAACGUCGAAUACGUCUCCAAGACCAACUUCCAGAACUACCCAAAGGGGGAGUUCGUGGUGUCGGUCAUCGGCGAUUUCCUCGGCCACGGAAUCUUCAACUCCGACGGCGACCACUGGCUCUGGCAGCGCAAAGCUGCCAGCUACGAGUUCAGCAAGCGGUCGCUGAGGAACUUCGUGGUCAGUACCGUCCGUUUCGAGCUCGUCGAGCGGCUGCUGCCGCUGCUCUCCCGCGCGGAACGGGACGGCCGGACGCUGGACGUGCAGGACGUGCUCGAGCGUUUCACGUUCGAUAAUGUCUGCUGCGUCGUCUUCGACGAGGACCCGGCGUGCCUCACCGAGGAAGGGCUAGGGGCGAACGGGCGAGCGGAGUUCAUGCUCGCCUUAACCGAGGCGCAGAACAUUGUCAUGGCCCGGUUCAUGGCGCCGGUCAAGUGGGCAUGGCGGGUGAAGAAGCUACUCAACAUGGAGCCCGAGAGGCGGAUGCGGCAGGCGCUCGCCACGAUCCACGGCUACGUCGACAGGAUCGUCCGCGAGCGCAGCGAGAGGGGAGCGGCCGGGCUGGCGCGCAAGGACGACUUCCUGUCGCGCUUCGCGUCGAGCGGCGAGCACAGCGACGAGAGCCUCCGGGACGUGGUCACCAACUUCAUCGUGGCCGGACGCGACACGACCUCCUCGGCGCUCAGCUGGUUCUUCUGGAUGCUGUCCAGCCGGCCCGACGUCGAGGACAAGAUCUUGCAAGAGAUCCACGCCUUGCGGCGCGCCUCGUCAUCGACGGGCGCCGGAGACGACGCGGCGGCGUUUGGCUACGAGGAGCUCCACGGCAUGCAGUACCUGCACGCGGCGAUCACGGAGUCCAUGCGGCUGUACCCGCCCGUGGCCAUGAACACGCACUGCAGCAUGCGCGACGACGUCCUGCCUGACGGCACGUUCGUCGGCAGAGGGUGGCAGGUCACCUACAACGCGUACGCCAUGGCGCGGCUGGAGGAGAUAUGGGGCGGCGACUGCAGCGAGUUCAGGCCGGAGCGUUGGCUCGACGAGGAAGGCGUGUUCCGGCCGGCGAGCCCGUUCAAGUACGCGGUCUUCCACGCCGGCCCGAGGAUGUGCGUCGGCAAGGAGAUGGCUUACAUACAGAUGAAGUCCAUCAUCGCGACCGUGCUCGAGAGGUUCAGCUUCCGGUUCGUCGGGUGCGACACGCGGCCCGGGCUUGUCUUCUCCUUGACGUUACGGAUGGAAGGCGGCUUGCCGAUGCAGGUGAAGAAGAGAGGGGCACUAAACGGCUAGUAGGAGGCAUGGUCCCUUUGCCUACAGCUACAGGUUGCUCCUCUGUCAUUCAUUCUGAUUUUAGUUCUAGAUAUUCAUGCUCGGUUACUAUUGGAUAACAAAGGUGGCGAAUGCAUUCCAGCGACUACCUGAUGUUCCUCGAUACAAAUGUUAAUUUCUCACAACCGUUAAGACGUAGGUAAGCACCAAGUAUUUCCUACCGUACACAAGUAACUGUAUGAUAUGUAUAGUAGCAUUUGGGUCCUUCAGGUGGCAGAUCAACCGUCUGCGACUGUUUAAUGAAAUACAAAGCCUCGUGAUGAAAGAAACUGUCCACUUGUGGUGUGGUGAACAACUGAACAUGAUACUUUGCUAGUGUUUGGCCAUGCUGGCUUGUUGUAUACAAGACGGUUCCCUAAAACUCUAUAUCUACCUUCCCUCAAAAAAAUAAAUCUAUAUCUACCUAUUAAAA